CAUGCACAUCUACGUUCGUUUCACAACACAACCAAACCUCUUACACCACUGCCAACGGCCUAUAACUCUCCACGUGUCGACCACCCACCUUCACCUUAACCCUUAAGCACUUCUCUCUCUUUCCCAUUCUAUAAUAGUAGCAACUCCGAACAAAGAAAACUCAGCUCGUAGGUUAUUACCAAAUAUUGCAUUCAAUUUUGUAGGAUUGCCUCGUCUACAACUACCCCCACAAACAGUAAUCAAACCCUUCACCACACACAACCUUCAAGUAAUUUUUAAUAACAUCAUAAAUACCCAUUAGAUAUAGACAUCUCAUAAAAGACAUGCUCACUUCUUCUUAUCACCUUCAUAGGCCUUUCUUCGUUCCAGUAAACACAACUUCCUUAUACCUCCACCACACCCUUUUGCCUCGAACCUCCAAUCUCAUCUUCUUCUUGGCCUUCACAUUCAUUUCUCUCCUCCCAUCUCGAUCAAAGGGCUAAAGGUUUCCAAUAACUUGGAUUCUUCUUUCAAGGUUCGAUAGAUCUUAUUUAGCCAUGGGUUUGAGUUCUAAGCAGGUUUCUAGCAGUGGACUUGAUUGGAAACAAACCUUAUUGGAGGCUCAGGACUUGGAACUCCCAAAGCCUAAUCUGAUGAGGAAACAACAGCAGCAGCAGCAGCAGCAAACUCAGCCUUCAGAGUCUUUGAAGUGCCCGAGAUGUGACUCAACCAACACCAAGUUUUGUUACUACAACAAUUACAACAAGUCUCAGCCUCGCCAUUUCUGCAGGGCUUGCAAGAGGCACUGGACUAAAGGUGGAACUCUACGAAAUGUUCCGGUGGGUGGUGGAAGGAAGAACAAGAGGGUCAAAAAACCAAACACUCCAACACCUUCUUCCACCACUGCCACUACCACCCCGACAACAGCCAGCCCUUCUACUUGCACUGCCACCGUCACAACCUCAAUUGGCAACAUGGAUGCUUUGCUGGGUAGUAGCCACAUGACAAUUCAAACUCCUCUUGCAGAUGAUCAGAAACACAUGGCUUCCUCUCUCUACCAAGCUCUAAUUCGUCCACCACCUUUGCUGCUACAACAGAAUCUGAUGAACACAAGAGACUUAGACGGCAAAGAUUUUGGUAUUGGUAUUGGUAUUGGUAAUAAUGGUAUCUUCCCGAGUUCAACUUUGCCUCUUCCUCAUCAAAGCCAAAGCCUACUCUUCCCUUUCUCAACCUCAAGCAGCUCUUUUGACACCAACCCUUGUUCGGUGUCAACUUCUCUGAGAUCAUCCAAUGUUUAUAACUAUGGGGAGGAGUUCAAAGCAGCGGAAGAAUCAACCAUCAACAGUACUUCUAUAGCGCCUAGCACAGGUGGCACUAACACACAGCCAUGGGAGAUAGCAGCAACAAGUGGUGUUGGCUUGGGAACUUCAAACUUUUGGAAUUGGGAGGACUUUGAUUCAUUGGUCUCAACUGAUCUAAAAGAUCCCUGGGAUGAUUCUGACAUCAAACCCUGAGACCAAACAAUAAGCAACACAUGAUGAGGCAUAUUCUGUGCUGGUCUUUCUGCACCUGUAAUUCUUUCAAACAGAAGUAUUUGGAGCUGUCAUGUUUUAGUUUCAGCUUCAGCUUCAAGCAAAGGGUUCAAAAUUCCUGAUUAGUUGUAACCCACUCUGUUUGCCUCUUUGUUCAUCUCUCUAUCAUUUCCUCUAAUCUCUAAUAAAGUGAUGUAUUAAUGUAUGCAAGUAGUCAAGCAUCAUUUAUCAAUACAGGAUUUUUAUCUCUAUUUUUUUGAGA